AUGGAUUCCAGCGGGGGCUCGACGACAGCACCCUCUGCGCCCAAGCAGCCCGGCAGCGAUGUCAAACCCCGCCUCACCAAGGACCAGCACGACAUCCUCGAACAGCACUUCCUGGCCCAACACAAGCCCAGCACCAAUGUGAAGAAGGAAUUUGCGACGCGCCUCGGCGUGCCACUGGACAAGAUCAACAACUGGUUCCAGAACCGCAGGGCAAAAGUCAAGCAGGACCGCAAGAAGCUAAUGAACCAGUACAACAUGACCAUGAGCCUUCCCUUCGGUCAUUCCCACGUCCCGGCCAUGCCUAACCAUUAUGCACACCCGCAAGAGCAGCAACACCCGCAUAUGCUCAUGCAGCCGGACUUCUACCCGAACGCUGACAUUAGCCCUGCAAGCCUUCCCGUGCAAAUCGGCGAGGGACCGUCAGCCCUCGACCUAGGGCCCCAACUCUCACUGCAGCAACACCACCACCAACAGCAGCAGCACCAGCAACAACAGCAACAGUUUGACAUGCAGCACGGCCUUCACUCCGUUCCGGAACCUGACCGUUCCGCAUCAUAUCGCUCAAACGACCUCAUGCACUCCAUCAUGGCUGCGACAAACGGUGCUUACAUGCACAACAGUGGCAUGUCUCUGAAUACCCAAGAGCCCGAGUUCUACGACACCACCGGUCUGUCCAACGCAUACUCCAGCGACCUAAGCGCUUUCUCGAUUCCAGCGCCCAUGCCCAACAAUCUUGCACCCUCACAUCCAGAAUUCGACAACUUUGCCGACUUCCAGCUAGACUAUUCUGCGCUUGCUGCUACCAACACCAGUAACUCGGCAUCUGCGGAAGCCCAGCAAAGCACGGGAUCGAUAUCGUCGGAUGCAUCGCCCUACAAUGGGACCCAGUCAUCUGGCACAACUCAGUCACCGAAUGGACCAACUCCUCCUUCUAUCGCUUCGUUGAACUCCGUUUACACUGGCUGGACAGAGGACCCUUCGCAAAUGGCGCAUCCCAAGCAGGUCGAGGAGCCCGAGGACCAGUUCGCACCGUACAGUCUCGCUCAGGCAUCAGCCUCCGAGCAGACGCUUCCAUUCUGGCCCCAGGAUGGCUCCAGCCAAAUGUACCCGCAGUCAAACUUCUACCAACAAUCCAACACAUCCGCACAUGCGAUCCUCUCUACACCAGAACAAGCACGAAAGCUUAGUGCGGCGCCAUCUGAUCUCGAUAUCCCACUGCACUUCCGCGAGGAUGCAUUCGCUCGGAGAAACUCCUCAAGCAGCAACCUUGCCAACAACAUGGACGCGAUACACAUCCGAAACAGCACUCCGGACGGUUUCCAGCAACCAGAUCAACAAUCGAGCAUUGCGGCAAGAAGACAGAAGCGCCCAGUUAACUUGAGUUCCAGCGCAAUGAGGAGUGCUUCCUACUCUGCUCCCAUGUCAUCACCAGGAGGUAACGGCGACAAAGUUAUUCGAAGGAUCCGAUCGAGUGGGAUUCCAAACGCUGGAGGUCGUGUUCAAAAGUCACAACCAGGUUCUGCGCAGCGCUCACCUAUGGUGUCAAGCUUCUCGGAUGCUGCAGCUUCGCCGAAGUUCGCACGAACAUUUUCCACUUCCAGUGCUACAACAAUCGGACACGGCGGUAGUCUGGCACCGCCAACUCCACUGACACCACAGGAUUUUGGAAACUACUGGGGUGGUGCUGCCGUGAUAAGGCCUCACUCAGCGAUGCCUGAUCACAAUAGUCCAGAGAGCAUGCACACGAAUUGGUCUUCUGAUCAAGCUGGAAAUGUUAUCGCGAAGACCACUUCACCACCAUCCUCGUCUUUGGACCUUCAGUCGCGCUUUGUCAACGAUGCUUUGUAUCGCGACACACCUCCUCAGUCAGCGCCAGCAACACAGCAACAUUUCCCUCGGACAUCAUAUAUGCAACAACCUCAAAUGCGUGCGGCUUUUCAUUCGACUACCGACCUUACGAUCCAGCAACCGAAGCCUGAGCAUUUCAGACGACCAUCACUACCUGACACUGCUCAGGCUCAAGGCAAUGACAGUAGUUCACAGUACAUGCCGGCUGGAAACAUGCACUACGAUGAAUUCAAGGACAUGUCAUUGAGUGGCAUCCAUCACAACGUUCCUUUCGCUCCUCAGGUCUCCGCAAUGCCCGACUUUUUAGUACACCAGUACACUCCACCUCAAGGCACUGAUUCACAUGGAAAUCUACUACGGCGAACGACUGAACCCCAGCCUAAGAGCUAUAUCUUUGCCAAUCAGGGGCCUGGUGACUUCAGAGGGCAGUAG